UCGACAUGAAAAAGGUGAUUUGAGAGUUUGUAGUCUGCGAGGCGACAUGUCUUCUGUGCGUGAAGAACAGGAAGUGGACCGACCGGCGGGGGCUUUUUCUGCAGCGCCGCUUGUGACACCUCCAACAGGAAGUGGCGUCUCAAGUGAGAACGACGCCUGGCUGACAAACAAUAUUUGGAGAGUCAUCGCUGCUCUCGUGUCGGACUUUCAUCAAUUCUAACCCGGGAGGAAGUGCCUUUGGACAAGGCCGCAGGACGAGGAAGCCAUCAUGAAGACCGACAGCAGCAGUAGGGCCAGCUGGGAGGUGGACUCACACGUGCACAUGUGAUUUGUCUCUGGACUUUCUUGGAAACACCUGGAACUGUGUCAGUGAGGAGUCUUUAACAUGGCAGGCCUGGUCCAGCACCUUGUUCUGGGGGCCACAUCUCCAGGAAGACAUCAGGUGACCGAGAGGAAGAGCCGGCUCCGUCUCACCAGGUUUGGCUCCCAUGAAAAUGUCAGCCAGCACAAAAAGACUCCAUCCAGCAGCAUUUCAGCAGAGGCGGCUCUGCAAUGGAGCGAGUCCUUUGAAGAACUGAUGAAGAACUCAGACGGGGUGGAGACCUUCUCUCGCUUCCUCCACACGGAGUUCAGUGAGGAGAACCUGGAGUUCUGGCUGGCGUGUGAAGAGUUCAAGACCCUGCAGUCCGACAAGAAGCUGCCAUCCAAAGCCAAACAUAUCUAUGGCCUUUUCAUCCAGGCGGACGCCCCUAAAGAGGCUGGCUGCUGCUGCUGCUGCCUCCCCCAGGACCCGCUGGAGGACCGCCAGGCCUGGACCCAGUCGGUGGACAAAGUCCUGGCCAGUAAAGCCGGUCAGGUGGCCUUCAGGGAGUUCCUGAGGUCGGAGCACAGCGAGGAGAACCUGCAGUUCUGGCUGGCAUGCGAGGACUACAAGAAGAUCAAGUCCGUCCCCGAGAUGAUCACCUGUGCCAACAGGAUCUACUCAGACUUUGUCCACACCGAGGCGCCCAGACAGAUCAACAUAGACUGCCAGACCCGGGAGAAGAUCAGCAGGAACAUGUCUCAGCCCAGCCCCACUUCCUUUGAUGCCGCCCAGAAGACCAUCUACUGCCUGAUGAGCAGAGACUGCUACCCUCGCUUCCUCAACUCUGACAUCUGUGCCCGUCUCCUCAUGACUACCCCCUGCCUGGAACUCAUCUAGACCUUUGUCCUACAC